CUCCCUCAUAUCCCAUCUCUUUUGCCGCGGGCCUGCGCAUUCGAUCAAUACAGCCAGCACAGCUAGACCCGUCCCGCUCUCUCCAACUUUUGGCGACGCCGCUGUUUUGAAGCAUCCCCGCCCAUCCAAUAAAUACAUCAUCGGUCCUCCCCGCCACGAUCCGCUAUCAUCAACCACCACCACCACCACCACAAACACAUCCGCCACAAUGCCCGGUGUCAUCCAACCAACCGGCUCCGGCCGCUUGCUGCUCAUCUCCAACCGUCUGCCCAUCACCAUCAAGCGCGCCGAUGACGGCCAAUACACCUUCUCCAUGUCCUCUGGCGGUCUCGUCACUGGCUUGAGCGGCCUGGCUAAGAGUACAAAGUUCCAAUGGUAUGGAUGGCCAGGCUUGGAAGUUCCCGAGGCCGAAACCGCCGGCAUGAAGCAGCGCCUGAAGGAGGAAUACGACGCCAUUCCCGUAUUCGUUGACGACGAGCUGGCUGAUCGUCAUUACAACGGCUUUGCGAACUCCAUCCUCUGGCCGCUGUUCCACUACCACCCCGGUGAGAUCACGUUCGACGAGUCCGCCUGGGCUGCUUACCGUGAGGUCAACCGCUUGUUCGCAAAGGAAGUUGCCAAGGAUGUACAGGACGGAGAUAUGGUCUGGGUCCACGACUAUCACAUGAUGCUGCUUCCCCAAAUGCUGCGCGAGGAGAUCGGCGACACCAAGAAGAACGUCAAGAUUGGCUUCUUCCUUCACACCCCCUUCCCCAGCAGUGAAAUCUACCGCAUCUUGCCCGUCCGGGAAGCGCUUCUGUUGGGUAUCCUCGACUGCGACCUGAUUGGCUUCCACACCUACGACUACGCCAGGCACUUCUUGAGCAGCUGUUCCAGAAUUCUCCAAACACCGACCACCCCUAACGGCGUCGAUUAUAAUGGCAAAUUUGUCACUGUUGGUGCCUUCCCCAUUGGUAUCGAUCCCGAAAAGUUUGUCGAGGGCCUCAAGAAGCAGAAUGUCCAGCAACGUAUUGCCGCGCUCACACGCAAGUUCGAGGGCGUCAAGCUGAUUGUUGGUGUCGACCGUCUCGAUUACAUCAAGGGAGUGCCGCAAAAGCUGCACGCCCUCGAGGUCUUCCUUACUGAGCAUCCCGAGUGGAUUGGGAAAAUUGUGCUAGUGCAGGUUGCCGUACCAAGUCGACAGGACGUUGAGGAAUAUCAGAACCUGCGCGCCGUUGUUAAUGAGCUUGUCGGCCGCAUUAACGGCAAAUUCGGCACGGUCGAGUUCAUGCCCAUCCACUUCCUACACCAGUCCGUCUCCUUCGAUGAGCUCACAGCCCUCUAUGCUGUCAGCGACGUCUGCUUGGUCAGCUCCACCCGUGACGGAAUGAACCUCGUCUCGUACGAGUACAUUGCCACGCAGCGUGAACGUCAUGGUGUCAUGAUCCUUUCCGAGUUCACUGGCGCAGCCCAAAGCUUGAACGGAAGUCUGAUUGUCAACCCUUGGAACACGGAGGAGCUCGCGAAUGCGAUCCACGACGCCGUUACCAUGAGUCCCGAGCAGCGCGAGGCCAACUAUCGCAAGCUUGAACGCUAUGUCUUCAAGUACACCAGCGCCUGGUGGGGCCAGAGCUUCGUUGCCGAGCUGACAAGGAUAAGCGCAGAGGCUGAAAAGAACGCCGAUGCGCAAAAAGAGCAGCAUCCCAUCCGCGAGGGUAUUGCCAACGCAGCCAAUAAGGCUAUUGAGGGUGUGACGGAUGCCCUGAAGUCCACCAACCUUACUGGCAAUCAAGAAUCGUGAGUGGAUGGCGGCUUCUGGCAGCAAGAGUUGGGUUUAUAGAAGAUUUCGGUCGUUCGUCCUUUUUGUUGUUUCGUGACGAGUUGAGCAGUGUUAGCGGGAACCAAAGAGGUUGCAGUUGUUAAAUAGGCAGCAUUAUGGGAAAACGGGAAUUAUGUUUUAUGGAAUGGCAACUUAUUAUUGUCAUUAUUGACUUGUUGUGGUGCCCGGCGAAGGGAGAAUGCCUAGGGAUGAUCAAAAAGAAUAACAAGUGAAUAGAGAUAGCAUCAAGCCAGGCGUUGAUUUAGGAACGCAAUUUCUUAGCCGUCUGCGUG